CUCGCCAUUCUUUGCCCAGAGGGCACUUCCAAUCAUUUAAAUCAUCUCGGUACUCGAACGCUGGGCCGUUUACAUUUCACAAGCCCGCCAGAUCGGUCUUGUCGCCGUCGCCAUUGUCAAGAUAUCCGUCGCAGUCCAACAUGUUUUCAAAUCUGCGUCCAACCCGACUUUCAUUUCUCGUUUGGUUCCACUGUCUGCUGCUGUUCUCGUUCCACGCCAAUGCAUCACCCUUCGUUACCCGCCAAUCAGGAUCUCCUCAAACCGUGACUACAAAACAUACAACAGAGACUGCUGCUGGUGUGAUGACUGAGACUUGCGUUAUUGUCUUAACCCCGAUUAAAGACGGGAACGGCAAUGACGCCGUGCAGGUGGUUAAAUCAUGUACAAUUAAGAUGGAGCCGCCGAAGGAUAAUGGUGGUGGUAACGGUGGUGGAUCCUCUUCUAGUACGUCUGUGACAUCCUCCACGCCGCAAAGCUCCUCCCCGUCCACCACGAUUGCUGCAACUACAACCUCGUCGUUCGCCAGCUCUUCGGCCUUCUCCUCCGUGGCCGCCCCUGCCACAACCUCCGCAGUCGCGUCAACUUCAGCACUACCCCCACCACCUGCAUCGUCUUCUGCACCUGCGUCGUCUUCUGCGCCUGCAUCCUCUUCUGCAUCUGUAUCAUCCUCAGCGACGAGCUCUGUAGCAAGCCCCACCGAGUCCCCUGCUGUUUCAGUGAAUGGGGUUUCAACAGUAGUGCCUUCCACCACCGCAUUGCCAACUACUGCAGCACCUAGCCCCACGAUCGUCGCGCCGGCUGUAACGAGUGCAACACCGCCGACGAACGCGCCCGCCAGCUCCUCAGCCUCUGGAACUGCAGUUUCUGCCGCCGCCGCCGAACAGGCAUCAGCGUCAGCAGCUGGGGCGUUCACUCUCCCAGGGAAGAAACUUUCAGUCCUGCCCAUCGGUCUUGGGGUGUUUGCGGGUAUUUCUGUCAUCGCUCUGAUUGUGGUAGGAUUGGUAACGUACGAGCGAACCAAGUACCGCAAGGCAUUCAGGCAACGGAAACUAGCAGAAAGUGGCCAGGCCAUGGGUUACGGUGGAAUGGCAUUGUAAAUUUUUAGAUUGAUUUUUUUUUUUUCAGUUGUCGCGAGCGGCCACAUUACUUACUUUAGGUACUCACUUUUCUCUCCAAGCGUUGUGUGGCAUGGCCUCAUUAUACCCACAUUAUAUUGAUACAUUGUAUGGCAUU